CAAAGAGAAAAAAUAAAAUAGAAUUGGUGAGGAUUUAGGGUUUAAGGAUUUGAUUAGAGAGAGUGAGGGAGGGGAGAGGAAGAGGAUGAAGUCGGUGGUGGGAAUGGUGGUAUCGAACAAGAUGCAGAAGUCGGUGGUGGUGGCGGUGGACAGGCUGUUCCACCACAAGCUCUACAAUCGAUACGUCAAGCGGACCUCCAAGUUCAUGGCUCACGACGAAAACGACCUCUGCAACAUCGGCGAUCGAGUUAGAUUGGAUCCGUCGAGGCCGUUAAGUAAACGGAAGCAUUGGGUUGUUGCUGAAAUUCUCAAGAAAGCAAGGAUAUAUAUGCCUCCAUCAGCAGGGGAUAGCGGUGCUUCGAAUACUGCUGGGAUGAAAGCGUCGGCUUCUUCGACCUCGUAAGUAAAGGUAUGGCUUUUGGGAAGAAAAUUGUGAAGGCAUGAUCAAUGUGAUAACAAGUUUGUGUUGUAAUUAGCAUCUUGUCUUUAUCCUUGUCUUGUUCUUUUGUUAUUAUUAUUGUUUCUUUUCUUUUUCCUUUCUUUAUAGUGAUUUCAGAGUUUGCAAACAUGGUAACGCUACAGAAGAGAAUGAUGUUGUGUCUUUGGUAGUAUUGUGUUUUGGUAGAGACUAGUUUAGUAUGGAGAAAACAUGUGACGUCUACACUAGUGUUUAAUGCUCUCUUAAAUAACUUCCAAGUAGUGAUGCUUGGAAAUUUAGAAAUACAGUGUGCCAUGUAAACGUACUGGAGUGUUGUUUUGAAUAGUUUUAUGUUAGCAUAGUGUGAGAAUUCCAGCACAAAAAGGAAAAUUGAUAUUAACCCAAA